CGCGGCCGGCCAGUGAGGCAGAGGCGCGCCUGCGCACAGCCGGCCCUUCCCCGCCUCCGUCGUCACGGAACGCGCCUCUCCCCCCUCGCUCUCUGCCGCUCGCGCGCACGCCGCCGCCGCCGCCCCAGUCCGGAGCCGGGAGACGCCGCCGCUGCCGCCAUGGCCGACAACGCCGCCGCCGCCGCCGCUGCUGCUGCCGCCGCCGGCCUGGAGAACCACCGCCUGAAGAGCUUCAAGAACAAGGGCCGCGACGUGGAGACUAUGCGAAGACACAGAAAUGAAGUGACAAUUGAACUUCGGAAGAGCAAAAGAGACGAGCAUCUGUUGAAAAAAAGAAAUGUACCCCAGGAAGAAAGUUUAGAAGAUUCAGAUGUUGAUGCCGAUUUCAAAGCACAAAAUGUAACUCUAGAAGCUAUAUUGCAGAAUGCUACAAGUGAUAACCCUGUCAUUCAACUCAGUGCGGUCCAGGCUGCCAGAAAGCUGUUAUCAAGUGACAGAAAUCCUCCUAUUGAUGACUUAAUAAAAUCUGGAAUUUUACCAAUUUUGGUGAAAUGUUUAGAAAGGGAUGAUAAUCCUUCCUUACAAUUUGAAGCUGCAUGGGCCCUGACUAACAUAGCAUCAGGCACUUCUGCACAGACUCAAGCAGUUGUACAAUCUAAUGCAGUGCCUCUCUUCUUAAGACUGCUCCAUUCGCCACAUCAGAAUGUUUGCGAACAAGCCGUAUGGGCUCUCGGGAAUAUUAUUGGUGAUGGUCCCCAGUGUAGAGAUUAUGUCAUAUCACUGGGAGUUGUCAAACCUCUUCUCUCCUUCAUCAACCCUUCCAUUCCCAUCACCUUCCUUCGGAACGUCACAUGGGUCAUUGUAAAUCUCUGCAGGAAUAAGGACCCCCCACCGCCUAUGGAGACCGUUCAGGAGAUUUUGCCAGCCUUGUGUGUUCUGAUAUACCACACAGAUAUAAAUAUUCUUGUGGACACCGUUUGGGCUUUGUCCUACCUCACAGAUGGUGGCAACGAACAAAUACAGAUGGUGAUAGAUUCGGGUGUUGUACCUUUUUUAGUUCCUCUUCUGAGUCAUCAGGAGGUGAAAGUUCAGACGGCAGCUCUGAGAGCAGUCGGCAACAUAGUCACUGGUACCGAUGAGCAGACACAAGUGGUUCUCAACUGUGACGUCCUGUCGCAUUUCCCAAAUCUUCUGACACAUCCGAAAGAGAAGAUAAACAAGGAAGCUGUUUGGUUCCUUUCCAAUAUCACGGCAGGAAACCAGCAGCAAGUUCAGGCUGUAAUAGAUGCCGGACUUAUACCGAUGAUCAUUCAUCAGCUGGCUAAGGGCGAUUUCGGCACACAAAAGGAAGCCGCUUGGGCAAUUAGCAACUUAACAAUAAGUGGAAGAAAAGAUCAGGUUGAGUACCUUGUACAGCAGAGCGUCAUCCCGCCUUUCUGUAACUUGCUGUCAGUCAAAGAUUCUCAGGUGGUGCAGGUGGUGCUGGAUGGGCUGAAAAACAUCCUAAUAAUGGCCGGCGACGAGGCAAGCACAAUAGCAGAAAUUAUUGAAGAAUGCGGAGGUUUAGAGAAAAUUGAAGCACUGCAGCAACAUGAGAAUGAAGACAUUUAUAAACUAGCAUUUGAAAUAAUAGAUCAGUAUUUCUCUGGCGAUGAUAUUGAUGAAGACCCCAGCCUCAUUCCUGAAGCAACGCAAGGUGGUACUUACAAUUUUGAUCCAACGGCCAAUCUUCAAACAAAAGAAUUUAAUUUUUAAGCUCAAUACAAAUGCAGUCUGUCUGUCCCACACCAAUAAGAUGUACCACCUGAUGGCUACCAUUGAAAAAAAGGUUCCAAGCAUAUGCCUCCUUGUCUGAUGCUUCUAAAGCGAGUCAUAUAUCGGUCACUUUGCAGUUGCCAAAAGUCACUAUCACAUGGACUGUAAAUGCAUAUGCAUGAUCUCAUAAACUGUUUUAGAAUUUUUAACAGCCCCUGCUACUUUUCCUUUCCCCCUUUUUAUUUUUUUUGGCUCUUUUUUUCUCCUGGUGCCACACGCUGAGAACCACCAACUGCAUUUUUGUUCCGAGUAUCCCUUUCGUGGCGGCACGCUGCCUUUCCACAGAGAAGAAGCUUUCUUUAGAAAAGACCGCACUGUGGAUCAAGACUCCUUAGUACGAUGCUUACAUUUUGGAAGACUUUUGGGAGGCCCGAUUUAUUUUUUUAUUUUUUUUUGAGCCUCCACCAUUGUGCUCAACAAACAUAUUUUCAUAUAUUUCAUGUGGAAGAAUAAAUAAAGAAAAUGCAAGUCAAAAUUAUUUUCAUUGGUGAAACUGAAAUUAAAAAAAAAACUACUUAAAAGAACUUGAGAAUUGAUUACAGGUUAAAAACCAGACGUCUCGACUGGUAAUUGUGUUUUAUUACUGCCUCAGAAACUUGGGAUUGAAGAAUGAACUUUAGAUUUGGACUAGAAAAACAUGGCCAUUAUACCUAAUCUUUUGAGAACAGCAAGUUGUACUUGACCACUCUCCAGCCUGUGUGUUCCUGCUGUUUUUGAAGUAAUGAAGUGCUGUGCAUGGUAUUUUACCUGAGCUACAACCUGUUACAGACUUGAACUUCUGUUUAAAGCUGAAAGCAAGGAUCCCCGAUUAAAGAAACGUGGCUAUCCCAAAUAAGCAUUGGUUAACGAGAAUCUUGCUUUCAUCUUUCAGUAGUCAAUAUAUUUUUUGGUUUAAAUUUAUAAUUGAACAAUGUUGAUUUAUAUUUUGGGUUUCGACUGUGGAGCUUUCAUGUUUACUGUAAUUUAGUCUUAAAACUAUUUUUACUUACCAGUGCUUUUGAUGAUGUGGUUGGCAACAAACUAGCAACUCUUUUAGAAGCAUCAUAAAAAGCUUCAUUCUUGGAGUAUUGGAAGAAUAAUAGAAAAUUAGUCUAUAAACCUAUUCACAUAGUUAAGAUACAUACUAGUUGUGUGAGGCUUUGUGGAAGCCGCUGUGGUUCAGCAUAAGCAUUAAUAUAUGCAGUUCAUGAUGAAUGAAUUGACACAAGCUGGUAACAUAGGAGCUUGGUAGUUACGGGGAAACUGUCCAGCCUGGCUAUUUUUAGAGGGAUUUGGGAUUGCUGUGGGUAAAAAUGAAAUUUAAACUCUGUUCACUGUCACACAAAACUGGUAUUGUUGUUGCUGUUCACUGGAUGUACUUUCCCAAUGCCUUGAUGUGAAGGGAUACAAAAAUGUAAAACUAAUGUAAUUACUGGAUGUGGGUUGUAUUUACUGUGAUGAAGAUAAGGACAGAUGCCAUCGAAGCUUUGUUGAUCAGCUGUUUUUUCCACUGAUGAGCAAGACAUUGCAGGUGUUCAUUCAUUAAAUAUAUCUGCCAAGGUGGAGCCACUUUAAAGAGUGAGUUGUCUUGUAUCGUAAAAAGAUACAAGUAUGUGUUUUAAACUGCAAGAUUUUUACUUGCUAGAUCUGUUUUAAUAUAGUGGUUUGGCCUCUAUUUAUAGGUUUUAUAAAUUUUGAAAUCAAUUUCUCUUUAAGGUGGCUCAGACUUUUCAACUCUUGUGCACAUAAAAUUGAGUUGAAGUUCAUUGUGCCUUUUCUUUACCCAGAUGUUAAGUUAAUUUGGUAACUGUGUCCUCACAUAUCGUCUAAGAUCCUGACAUUUUGUUGUUUGCUAAAAAAAAAAAAAAAAACGCUAUCAAAACAAAGUUAGAUAUGAUCACCGUUUAUUGGAAUUUCAAAGGAGACGUGCAGCUGACGAGGUGAGCAGAUCUCUUCCCCAUUCCCUCCCUUUUAAAUAGUAAGCCUAUGCUCUAUGUCCUAGAUAUUACAUUCAGAACAAGAAUAAUGAUUUUCCACUACAGUGGUGAUGGGAGUUUUUCCCCCCUUGCAUUUGGUGCAUAAAGUUAGAGACAAACAUAGGAAAAAUGAUUAAAGUCGUAGCAUUUUUCUCAGUCCUUCUCAGCUCUUGAUUGGGAUUCAGCCAUUUCAUAGCUAAUAAAGGAAGCAAACGCUUGGAUGCAGAGAUCCUGCUGCGGGUGAGUGGAAGGUCACUCCUGCUUGCAGAAGGUGCUGCCGUUUUGCUUCUCGAUGCGACACCCCUGCAGUGUGGCUCAGGGGAAUCCUCCAAAGCAUUUGUUCAGGGGUUGCAGAUGAGGGAAUUGGUGGCACAAAAGCAAUCCCGCCCCCCCUCCGGCCCUGUCCUCCCCUGCAAGCAGAAUUCCUUCCACUCGUGCAGUAGGAUCACGGGAUCCAAGCCAAAAGUAUAUUUGCUGCACUUUUUGUUUUCAGAACAGUGUUUUAAAAUUGCAUUGUGUUUAUUAUUUUUUUAAACUUAUCAGUUAAUAGAUUAAAUCAUUCUUUCAAAAGAGGCAUCUAAAUGUGUUCCUAAUUUUGUAUAUGGGCUUAGGUUUUAUAACCAAUAAAAAGCUGCUAUCGAAUACUA